CGGCGACGACGACGACGACGACGACGACGCAGAGGCGGCCAAAUGGGUGCCCGACGGCAGCAUGCUCGCCUACUUUGACGAUGGCGCCGAUUUCGCCAGCAUGUACGUCUCGGGUGAUCCCCAGCAUGCCUCGGGCCUCCGACGCGCCGGCGGUCUGGCCGGCACGCCCGAGUUUGGUGUCGAGCGACGGAGCGCAGGGUACGAUGCGUCGGGCAGCUGGAUCGGCAUCGACGAGUGGAUGCUUCGCUGCGUCGAGCUGCAGUACGUCGUCGAGUUCCACUACGAGUGGAUCCGGCUUGCCUCGCACUUGCACGCCGUGGGCACGGGCCUUGAAAAAGAGGACGAGGAGAAGGCACAGCGGGACCAGGAGGCGAUGCGCGACGAUCCACUCGACUGGGACGAGGCUGGCGCUGCGCCAACGCCGCUACCGUCCCAGCAGCCACAGGCAGCCCACCACCACGGCGGCACCAUUUCCGCGUCGUCGUCCUCGGCAGAGUGGAUGAACAUGGCCAACUCCAUGACGCUGAGCGAGGCAGAGUCGUUUCCCCAGGUGCUUGGCUUCUCCCACAUCACCGACUUCUUCACGCUGCGCUCGGCAGGUCUCUCGCCCCGAGAGGCAGCCAGGCCGCUCCUGGCGACGCUCAUCGAAGAGCUCGCAGGAAGCGACAGCGGCCUGACGCCCGAGUCGGCCACGCGCGUGGAUCUGCUGGCGAGCGACGGGGAGACUGACCACUUUGGCCAUCCGGCCCUCUUUGCCAGGUCGGGCGCCGUCGAUCUCGUCUUUGGCCUCGGCGCCGCGGCGGGCGACAAUGCGCCGCCGAAUGCUAUCCCAGCCGCGGCGGCAGCGCUGGCUGCCUUUGGCCAGGCCAUCUACGAGGAUGACGAAGACGACGAUGAUGAUGAUGACGACGACGACGAGGAUCAUAGAGGAGAGGCUGACGGCGGUCCCCGUGAAGCGCGAGAAGAGGAAGGAAGAGGACGAAGGGGAGCGUCGAGCAGAGCCACACUCGAUGUGGCCGAUCUGUUUGGACACGUCAGCUACGAUGCUCGGACGCUGUACAAGAACGAGUCGACACGAGAGGGCGGUCCCUCGAAUGGCGAUGCGCAUCCACGGCGAAAGCUCAGAGAGGCAGCAAUGGCCCAGGCAAUGGCUCAGAAGGCCGUCUCGCCCCUGCGGCCAUCCUUGCCGACGUUGGGAAGCCUGCUGGCAAACAUGCGCUCGGUCCUAGCCAUGUGCCCGCGCAUUCGGCUCCUCGGCCUCAAUGGCUUUCUCGAGCGUGCCGUCGGAGGCGAACGCGAGACGGUGGGCCUGUCCGAGCUGUGGGUAGUCUCCCAUUUUCUUCCAUUAUUUGCAUUACCCUGCUGACGGCAGAGCCACAACAGACGGCACCUCUCCCUUGGCCCACCGCCACUGUUUUGGUCCUCUGCCCUCCGGCUGAACCAG